GGGUCCGCGGUCUCGGAGCACCGUCCAAUCAGAACCGCGGGCGGGCUCCCAGCCGUGUGGGCUGGGCUCUCAGACCGCCAGAGGCGCUAGUGUGCACCUGCCCCGUGCGGCUGCAGGUGUCUGGGUCGGCGUCGCGCUCACCUGCCUGGGCCGUGGAGCCACGGGGAGGACGCCAGGAGAGCCUGCAGCGAGGCCGCGAGAUGGACUCAGUGGUUUUUGAGGAUGUGGUUGUGGACUUCACCCAAGAGGAGUGGGCCCUGCUGAAACCUGCUCAGAAAAAGCUCUACAAAGAUGUGAUGCUAGAAACCUUCAGGAACCUGGUCACAGUAGAUGAUGAGAAUCAACUUAGAACCAAUGGGUCCACUUCUCAGCAGGUUAUUUCUGGAGACAAAUUAUCCAAUGAGCAGAAAAUAGCAAGGUUCACAAAAAAUGAUUCCUGGACCUCCCUUUUUGGAGAAAAUUGGGAAGACCAGUGCGUUGAAGAUAAGCACAACAACCAGGGGAGACAUUUGAGCAGAAAUCAUAUGGUGGAGAGACUCUGUGACAGUAGCAAAGGUUAUACAUGUGGAGAAACCAUCAACCAUAUUCCAAGUCUUAAGCUGUACAAGAAAACGCCUACUGGAGUAAAACUGUAUGAGUGCAUUCAGUGUGGAAAAGUCUUCAGGCAUCGUUCAUCCCUUAAGAGGCACAAAAGAAGUCAUACUGGACGCAAACUGUAUCAGUGUGAGGAAUGUGGGAAAGCGUUCAGUUGUUCUUCCUACCUAAGGAAUCAUGUGAAAACUCACAGUGGAGAGAAACCCUAUGCCUGUAAACUUUGUGGGAAAACAUUUAUUCGUUCCCACUCCCUCACUGGACAUAUAAGGAGUCACACUGGAGAGAAACCCUAUGAAUGUAAGGAAUGUGGGAAAGCCUUCAGUUGCCCCAAAUCCUUCCGCGUACAUGUGAUGAUGCACAAUGGUGGGAAGCCCUAUGAAUGUAAGCAGUGCGGGAAAGGCUUUAGCUGUCCCAAAUCCUUUCGAGUACAUAUGAUAAUGCACACUGGAGAGAAACCCUAUGAAUGUAAGCAGUGUGGGAAAGCCUACUGUUGGCUCACAUCCUUUCAGAGACAUGUGAGAAUUCACAAUGGAGAGAAACCCUAUAAAUGUGAAAAAUGUGGGAAAGCGUUUGGUUGGCCCUCAUCCCUACACAAACAUGUCCGAAUGCACACUGGAGAGAAAUGUGUAAACAUAAGCAACGUGGGAAGGCCUUCAGUUGGCCCUCAUCCUUCCAAAAAUGUAAGAACGCAGACUGAAGAGAAACACUAUGAGUGUGAAAAAUGUGGGAAAGCAUUUGGUUGGUCUUCAUCCUUACACAAACAUGACAGAAAGCACACUGGUGAGAAACCCAUAAAUGCAAGCAGUGUGGGAAAGCUUUCAGUCAUCCUUCCAAAAAUGUAAGAAUGCAGACUAGAGAAAAACCCUUUAAGUGUGAAAAAUGUGGGAAAGCCUUCAGUUGGUCCCAAUCCUUCUAAAACCAUAAGGAUAAAGACUAGAGAGAAACCUCAGACGUGUGAAAAAUGUGGGAAAGCUUUCAGUUGUCUCAAAGCGUUUCAUAGUCAUGUGAGAACUCUCAAAAGAAAGUUUCUAAAUAUAAGAAAACCUAACGCAUAUUAAUUCAUGUAAAACAGUUUGGAAAAUCCACACCAGAAGAGAAAUAUUAUAAAAGUUACACAGUAGUGCUCAGUAUCUCAUCCUUAACGUGGACCUCCGGCAAGCGCCCCUCCAUGUCUCUUUCAACUAAACAUUGAGAUGAAAAUUCUCAAGUAUUCUGAGUACAUCUACAUAGUACAUGAAUUUUGAUAUAUUAUAGGUUUUCUCCCCCUUCAUGAAUUCAGUUAAUAUUUCUGCAUCCAUUUGGAGUGUGAUUCACCCACGGGUGGUUGAUGUGUUUUAAAUAUGCAUUAGGUUUAAUUUUAUAUAGUUUUUAAAUUGUUCUGUAAGUAUGGGGCCUUUAGACUAAUGUGACAUUGGUAUUCGUUUGGAUUUUCUUACUGGCCAAGUAUGUUCCAAGCUGGGUAUCACUUUCCCAUUACAUACAUAUAUUCCAUUUUACUAUCUUCCUGAGAGAACUUACAACUUCACACUUAAAGUUGACGCUUCUU